UCAGCCAUUAAUAAUAAAAAUCAGUGGAAAAAACAGUCAAACUCUCAUAAAACAGUGAUCAUUUUGCACUAAAAUCAGAAAAGUUUGUGAUUUAUAAAAAAAUACGGUGUAAUAAUAGUGUUAUUGAGAAAAAUAAGAACUACAAUUGUGGUUAACAUAACCUAAACAGUGACAUUUGACAGUGACACAGCACCAGAGAUCAUAGAUUAUAGAAGACUUAUCAAUACUACCAACAUUACGGCAAUAGACCGACACUCGUAGUGUUGCCAGCUUCUACCUCCGUAUACGGCUAAAAUAGACUAAAAUUAAUAUGGAAAAAAGUAUGGAUUUACUAUUUUCAAAAUUAGAGGAGAAACUUAAUCUACAAGCUACAGUAAUAUCUACUGAGGUCACAAAAAAUAUAAUGCAAGCCUUAGAUGAGAAGAUGAAAUCACUUGUAACGGAAAAUAACACCCUAAAAUCAAGAAUUACAAAGUUAGAAGAAAAAAUCAACUUUAUGGAAAGGGAUAAAAGAAAAAAUAAUUUAGUAUUUUUUGGUAUAAAAGAGGAAGGACAAAGUGAAACUGAAUUAGUGGAUCAAUUAAAAGAAACAGUAGUAGAUAUGGGGAUACAUUUGGAAAGCCAAGAGAUAGCAAAUAUAUAUAGAAUUGGUCGCCCUUCAAACAAAAAUCGACCAGUAGUAGUGUCCUUUACAACAAAAUGGAAAAAACACCUUGUGCAACAAAACAAGACUAACCUUCCGCAAGGCAUCUAUCUUAAAGAAGACUAUUCUAGAGAGGUACUCGUGACCAGAAAGGAACUUCAACCGAAACUGGAGGAGGAAAGAAAGAAGGGAAACAUAGCUUACUUAAAGUACGACAAGCUGAUAGUAAAGAAAGCAAAUGAAAAUAAUCGUGAGAAGAGGAAAAGAGAUAAAUCAGAAUCACCAGUUACAAAAAAUUACACCAAGAAGCAGCUGACUAACAGCAGUCCAAACUCAACCAUCAUGUCAUCGGUAAAUGCUGCAAAAGAAAUACUAAAACCAAAUAUACUAAAUUAUAUGGCACGUGGAAGAUCUUAUUCCUUAUCAGAAUCAUCAAAAAACUAACAAGUAAUGCCGGCAACUGGAACACAAACAAUAAAGAAUUACUAACACCAAA